GGGCGGAAGUCGGGCGGCGAGGCGGAAGGGGGAGGGCGGCCAUGUCGGCAUCGCUGCUGCGGAGGGGCCUGGAGCUGCUGGAGGCGCAGGGCCGCGGGAAGGCCCCGCCCGGCCUCCAGCCGGGGAGCGGCGGCCCCAGGACGCGGCGGAGGAAGGCGGCGCCUGGGCCGGGGAAGAGCAAGGCCACGAUUAAGGGCAGGGUCGUGAAGUCGGCGAUAGAGGAGUAUCACAAGAAGAAGGCCGUGAGUCACUUGAGAGAAAACCUGCAGUACAUGACGAGUGGACGAUGUGUGGCAGACAAAGCUGUCACCCAACAAGUUCUUACCCAGAACAGAGGUAGGAAGUCCAAAGAUCGACCUCCAGAGAAGAAGGCGAAGAAGAAGCCUGAGGGCACUGUAUUUACAGAGGAAGAUUUCCGUAAAUUUGAGAGAGAAUACUUCGGGACACUGUAAACAAUGUGAAAGGGACUCUCGCAGCUCCAGUCUUUCCACAUCUGAGCGCUCAGAACACAGGACAGACCGCUUCCUCUGUGUGUUUGAGAUGAGACACAGGAGAUGAGCGUCUUUGUCAGCGAGUACUGUAAUGUCAGACUUGCAGGGAAACACUGCAUCUGUACAGAGCUGGUUGCUGGAGACGUGGAAGUUCUCUUGGCUUUGUAAUGCGUUGUCCUGAUAAUUAUCUCCCUCCAGCCAGCACGCCUUGUGUUCUUGAUGUAGAAGGGUGGACCAAUCCAAAAAUGAAGCUUGUUCCUCAUCCUCAGGACAUAAGGCUUCUGCUGCCUGACUCCAUCUCAAUGGAGGAAUGUCUCAGACCAGCAGAAAUAAAUCGCGAAAAAGGAAGGUUGCUUUGAAAGACUGCUAAAACGCAAAUAGUCCUGCAGUUUCUGUUACCAUUACAGCCUCUGUCAGGCUUUUUGUCACUGUAAAAAACUUUGUAUGUUUUAUAUGAUUAAACUGUUGUUGUUGCA